AUGGAGACAACCAGCGAUGAAAAUGAGUCCUCGACGCUUGACACGGUGCGCGAAGCUCGACUGAUCCGUCGAGUGCCGAUUCUGGCGCAUGUUGUGAAACAGGGUCUGUGUUCGGAAGGCCAGUUGCUGCGAGCGCUGGAGCUCGUGACUUUUGUUGAUGGCGAGUACAUUUAUUGCCAAGGCCAACCUGGACGUGACGUCCUGUUUAUCGAAGAAGGCAAAGUUUUAAUCACUCAGCGACGAAGAUCUCGAGCUAUGAGCACCGUCCGACCAGUGGGGUUUAUACCCAUGGACAGCUCAGGUGGCGUUGUCUUCACUCGAAGGAGCACGCGAAAACGUUCACAAGUUGAAGCUGAAAUGGAAAUUCAACUGCACAAACACGAGGAACUCGAAUAUUUCGGCGAAGAAUCACUGUUGCAAGGAUUUGUCGCGAGAGUUCUCAAUGCUGUGGCAAGUGGAGCUGUGACGUGUUUCAUGUUGCCAGAGGCAGCUUUUGCCAGGUUAUUAGCGCCCGUGCACGAAUUAAUGUUGCAUCGCCACUUGUUACGAAUGCACGGAGUGUUGGCCAAGCAGCGAUUAUUUCAGCACUUCUCAGCACGUCAACGGCAAUUUCUCCUGGAUCAUUGUACAGUUGAGCACUAUGAGGAAGGAGCAAGGAUAAUUCAACAAGGCGAUAAAGACGACGAUCGGUAUUUUAUUCUAGCCGAGGGUGAAGCUGACGUCGUGCUGGAUGAGCAAGUGCGAGAGUUUAGACGUCCACAAAGCGCAUUACUUAGCAAUGGUGAGCUGCAAGACGUCCAGGAACAAGAAGAAACGGGCAUAAGGACGUCGGUUGUCUGUCGAAAAACACUUUAUCAAGGAUUUGGUGAGAUGGGAAUUCUAUGUCGACCUCGAGCAACGCAUGUGGUGGCUGCAGGAAGUGUUAUUUGCGUGGCAAUUUCACGAAAAACUUAUAUUGGAGCGUCACAAUUGCUUGGCGUUGGUGGGGUUGAUACCGACGCAGAAGCACUUCUUGCCAUGUCGCUGAUGGAAGAGUGGGCUCUAGUUGUAAAAACUCGCAAUUUGCACUUAGCAAACCCGUUGGUAUCUCGGUAUCUGGAAACUUUUGUGAAAAAGUUCAAAGCGGCCUAUAUGCAAAAAUUUGAAGGCAAAACACUGUACUUGGAUCUAUUACGACGAAUGCAUGCUGAUCCCACAUUAGCCGACGAAUUCCCUUUCGUAUCCGACCGAGUGGCUUGGGACCAGCCGACGUCUUCACUCAGUAUUACGCGAGCUGAAACUCGGCGAGUGCUAUCGUUGCUUCCAGCUGACCGCUCUCCUUUUGAGAUCAGCUUCGUGGCUCGCUUACUGGAGUCUACAGCCUUUGUCGAUAAAUUCGAUCGCCCUUCUCAUGUGGAUAAACUUGCACUUGCUCGCGGGGUCGGUCGCUAUGCAAAUUUUCUCACUGUUCAAAAGGACAAGUUCCUCUUCAGACAGGGGAAGAUCGAGAGUCGCGCUUUUCUCAUCUUGAGAGGUAACAUCAGCAUCGUGAACGAGGAUGUCAACACGCUCCAGCCAGGAUUAACCGUUAAACAGUAUGACGUACUCGCAACACUGUCCGCUGGGGAUUCGUUCGGCGAGUUGUCACUUGUUACUCGCCUGCAACGAUCAGCCUCCGCUCUGGCGGCGUGUGAAGCUGAUCUUUUAGUACUCGAGCGAGCUCAUUUGCACGCUUUAAUGGAUCUGCUACCUGGUGUAUCCGUUCAACACGCAAUGGUACAACGAGCUGAAUUUCUUGCGUCGCUGAGUUUUCUUCGUGAUAGUGAUUUUGCCCAGUGCAUUCGAGUGGCACACGAUCUCCAGGACCAAUUCUACGAGCCGCGUCACAUUUUUCUUCAAGAACCGGUGCAUUUGCGUUCACUAUACAUUGUGAAAAGUGGCGAGGUGGUUGUUUAUCUGCGUCGAAUGGUUCCUAUCGCUGAUAUCACGGUGACGUCUGGAACUAAUGAGUCUGCAACAACAAAAGAAGUGCUUGUUCGAGUUGCAACAAUUGGCCCGCAAGAGUUUUUCGGAGUAGCAGUUGCGAGUGCGAGUAUGCUAAUAUCUAGUACCUCAGUCAACGGAGGAAUCGCCUCCACUGCUACUUCUCCGUCUCCAAGCACCAACGCUCCACCUUCAUCACCCCCCUCUCCAAAACGACCGGCGUCUCCACCGAAUGCUCAACACUACGUUGCAGCUACUUUAGCUUCAGUCACGGCAACCGGCCCAACCUCACCAACUACCAACACGGAUUUUGCCAAAACCGUCUUCAUGUGCUCAACCCGCGUACAAAUGCUAGAACUCUCUGAGCGUGGGUGGAGACGACUACCGCUGUCAAGUCUGCACAGUAUCCGCAACUCUUUGCUCGAACGCCAUCGCUGGAAUCUGGAAACAGUGGAAAAGCAACAGCAGCAAAACAAUCCUACCUACUUUGUCGUGGACAAACCGUGGCAGCCCAUCAUCCGCCCAAAUAUUUCCACGACACCAAAGAAGCCGAAUGGAGACAAUGUAGAUCCCCAAACACGAGUUCUGGAGGCUGCACCUGCAACUAAACUAGCUCGACGAAUUCAGGACAAAAAGCAGCAACAGCAACAGCAAGGACACAACAAUGCGGUCUCCCGACUGUUUUCUCCAUCUCCACUAGCUCCAAUUAAUAAGCCUCGCCAACCUGGUCGACUGGCAAUUUCACCUACAACGACAGUAUCAAGUCGUGGGUCGCCAAUUUAUGGCACGAGUCCAUUGAAAUCGACUUCGACUGGGUUGGCAGCAUUUACUCAGAACAAAACUUUAGCAUCACCACUAGGGUCACCGUCACUCUUAUCACCAACUCGUGCGGCGCAAUUUGGGCCAAGUCUUAGUGGAUCUUUUCAACCGAAAAAUGGGACACUGGCAUCCUUGGCAAGUCCUUCACACGCAUAUUUCACGCAGCCAAGCACCAGCAUUGCACCAAUAGUGUUGUCUCCCCGCCCACCGUUAAAAAUGCCAAUUCCAAAUGGGAAUCCAAGUCCGCGGCAAGUUCGAGAAGACGACACACAGCAACGCAGAUCAAGCACUACUCCUCUGCAAGACACAGCGAGAAAUGUACAAACAGCAAGAGAAAGCGACUGCAAGGCCAUGUGGAAGCUGCAGCGAAGCCCCUCCUUGAAACAAUAG